ACUAGAUUGAAUGUCUUCUAUCAUAUUUGAGACUUUUUGAUGUGCUCCUCACCAUCUCAUCUCAUUUCAAGUGAAACACUUUCUUGAAUUUCAAAAAAAUGAUGUUCGGUCCAAAUAGCACUACUCUCAUACAUUCUCUAUACCACCCAUACUUUUAAGAACAAAAAUGAAAAAUUUGAAUUAUAAAAGAAAACAAAAACUUUUAACAUUUGGAAAAAAUCUAGAUGACCCAUUUAAUGUGUUUAAGUGAUGAACACGUGUGUCUUUCAAGUGUUUGAAGUGUGUUUGAGUGUGAUUUAAAAUAAAAGACACGUUUGGAUGCAGGUGCAACAUGUGUCAGGAUAUGUCUGACGGGUGUCAGUGUUCGACAUGGACAAACCAUCUUCUUAGAAGUGUUCGUGUUUAUUAGCACAAGCAUAUUAUGUUUGAUUUGUGAAUGGCAAAAGUUGGCAAGGUGCAGCGGAAGUCCAAUUGUCGACAUAGGGUCACCCCAUAUCCAUUACCUUCUCAUUCUUCAAAGGUUUUGAAAGAUGUCCAGCAGAAGAAGAAACGUUCAAAAGCACCAGAGAUAAAACAGUGGGACGAUGCAACUUGCUCGGUUUGUAUGGAGUACCCUCACAAUGCUGUCCUCCUCCUCUGCUCCUCUUACGACAAGGGUUGUCGCCCUUAUAUGUGUGCGACUAGCAGUCGCUAUUCCAAUUGUCUUGAGCAGUACAAGAAAGCUUAUACUAAAGUUUCUUCAACCCAGAUUGCAGAACCAUGGCUCGGGUCCAUUGACGAAUCGGGUUUUCUAGGGUUAGGUUGCCUCAGUGAAAAGACACAAGUUUCUGAGCUAUUGUGUCCCCUUUGCCGGGGGCAGGUGAAAGGUUGGACAGUGGUGGAACCAGCACGCAAAUAUUUUAAUACCAAGAGGAGAACCUGUAUGCAAGAUAACUGCUCGUACGUUGGAACUUACAAAGAACUGAGGAAGCACGUAAAGGCAGAGCACCCAUGUGCGUGUCCACGAGAAGUGGACCCUACACUUGCAGAGAAAUGGAAAAGGCUUGAGCACGAGAGAGAACGAGAGGAUGUGAUGAGCACGAUUAGAUCAUCUAUGCCGGGGGCAAUUGUAAUGGGAGAUUAUGUAAUAGAGAGGAACUAUCGUGGCAGCUUUUCUGGAGACUACGAUGUGGAUGAUUAUCUGGGUGAUGCUAUUUUCAGGUUGGAAUCAUUUGGUGGAGGUGGGAAUGGUCAUCAUGUCAACAGCUCACAUGGGUUGUUUGAGAGUGAUCAUCAGUACUCAUGGGAUGAGGAAGAAGAUAUUGAUUUGAAUCAUGAUGCCAAUGUAUCGGCUUCUGGUAAUUUUGAUGACAAUUUCAUCUCUCGCUUUACGCGCUAUCGGAGCAGACUCUUGUCGGGGAGGUUGAGGCGGCGAAGGCGAAGGCGUAGAGCAGUUAACAGAGUUAGAUAAUUUACAAAUGCGUAGUACUCAGAUUGCAAUCGAACCAUGUCACUUGCAGUCCAAGUGGCAGCAUUCUAAUGGGGAUCUCUGCUCAGCGAUGUCGAUUGUUAGUAUCAGUUAAGAAGAUCUGAAGGUUUGGUCUCUCCCUGUAGGAUUGUGAAUUAUCUUAGGUUUAGUGUCAGUUCUGGUUGUUUUCAUAGAUUAGGUCUCAUUUGAAUUUUUGUGCAUAGUGGUUAAUCAUUCAAAACAGAAAGACAGAAUGAUAGAAAGAGUCCUUUUAAUAUUUGUCAAGAGUCCUUUUAAUAUUUUUCUUUGAACAUGUCUUUGUUUCGCUUUGCUUCGCGUUGCUUCAUAAUCUAUGUAUUAUGUUUGUCCUGGCGAUUUCUUCAAAAUUUUCUGUUC